AUGGGUCCAUCGCCGCCUACGACAGGCGGAACAAGUCAGACGGCCGACGAUCGAGGCCCACCAACCUCUACCCAGAAUGCAGAUGUCCCGAUGCAGGAUGCACCACCCAUCAGAAAUGCCAGCCGGCCGGCCCGGCAAGACAGAGAGGCAGCAGAGGUAGAUGGUGACCAACCUCCACCUCCGGUGAGAAGGGGAUAUAGGGAAGGCUGGGCAUGCGACGACGGCAUGUGGAAGCAAGUAGUGGCCUACAGACUUCGGGGCAGCGGCCACCAGGUCAUGUUGAGGGAAAGGGCUCCAAAUCGCCAAUACUGGAAGUACGAGUGGGUCGCCGCUCAUCGCGUGGGGGGCGCCGCUGUCGUGAACGGGUACAUCGCGCACAUGCGAUCAAGCGGCGUCGAUGAAGUCGAGACUUUCCGGACAGGCAGCAUCGACCUUCUUCGAGAAAUGACCGAUGACGAUUACGAAGGCAUCAUCGGCAUAGCUCCUGUGAGAAGGUAUCAACAUAAUGAGUUCGGAUGGAGGAGGAUGCCUGCUCAAGAUGUGCAAGUUAAGUUCCGUGGACAACGUGAUCCUGUUUGGUAUCCGAAAUCCGAAAUAGCGCGCCAGUUUGGACGGGAGGUGAUAGAGGGAGACAUCACGGAUUUCUGGCAGAGAUCCGGGAUCGAUCCGCCGGUGAUGAACCCGCCUGACCUUAUUGGUCCGAGGCAGACCAACGGCGAUCGGCGGAGCACGAGGAACCAGACCGUACUAUCUCCGUCGGAACCUGAAGCUCAAAUUCCCCGACGCCCUACCCCUCAACAGGCUCAGCAGCAGUAUACUCACCAGCGAGACCAGCAGCAAGUUCAAAAUCUGGCCCAGACGCGGCGAGAGAGAAGCGGCAUCGUAAACCGCAUUGCUGUAUCGAGGAGGGGCAUUCUCACGCCAGAACACACCCCAGCACCUGAGCGCCCCUCUGACUUGGAGCAGACUCCAUCUGCUGAUGCCGAGUUCCAAACGCUACAAAACAUCCUUCGUAGACGUCCAGAGCUCCUAGGGCGAGUGCGAAACAUGGGACUGUGA